AGUGAAACAGAUGUCAGUGAACAGUUCAGCAGCGUGGCUCGCGUGACGCGAUUCAGGAAUCAAAGACCGUCGUGAUCGGACGCCCGACGGGUCCCUAGAAAAGUGCAGCGGCCGACUCGCGACGCGGACGCCUCGUCGACGGACCGAAAACCGAGGACGUAAAUACAUAUAUACACAUACGUGCACCACGUCGCUGUGUGAACACGAAGGACGCGUUAUAUAUACCGGCUAAAUGCUGCCGUGGUGGUUAAUAGAGCAGGGCACGCCGAGCGGAGCGAAUAUUCCACAGUACUCGAAAAGUACGAGAGAACCGGCGUCGGUAAAUCGGCGAAAAUACGAACGGGCGUAGAACGAUAUUUCAUCGAACGAACUGACGACGUAGCGGCCGGCUGUCUGUUGUGCAGGACUUGACAGCGUCGAUGUCAACACGCGCAUAGAUGGCUGUCGAUCAUUCUGUAACCCGACUGAUUAUACUCUUUUUUGUACACCUGCGGAACUUCCCGGAGAUCUUGACCAGACUGCCGACGAGCAGUUGAUUGAUCAUGGGAAUCGCGGUGACGAAAAAGGACUAGGAAUUUAGAUAAUUGCACAUAUUUUCCUCUACCUUAGCCAAUUACUGACUCACUGCCCGGUCUGUGAUAUAUAUUUUAUCGUUGUUACUAUUACCGUUAUUACACCGUUACAUCUGUUAUUACUCGCAAUUGUUAUUGCUGCAUCGACACAGACACACAGUGUACCUAAUUAAUUAUCGCUGCUCGGUGUGCAGCUUCGUAUUUUUUUUUACUAAAUUCAAUAAGAACUUUGAUACGCUCCCGCGUUAUUUCAUCUUUGUCUGUGCAAACAAGUGCAAGCAAACGCGUUGCGGGGAAGAAGAGGAUUGCGGAACGAUCCGUCGAGUGAUUAUAAAAAGUAAACAAAAUAUUUUAAACUUACCGUCGAGAGACUGCUUCGUGCACGAUAUAGACGUGAUCGGAUAAAUCGCGUGUUUGAGGAAGACUAGAAGAGAUCGAGAGAGAUUGAGAAGAGAGCAAUCGCUUCCGGAGACUUUUUGGAAAGCCGAAAAUGAACGCAGUGACUGGACUCUGGGUUUUUGGAUACGGAUCCCUGUGUUGGCACCCGGGAUUCGAUUUCGAGAAAAGCCUCGCCGGGUACAUCAGGGGCUUCACCAGAAAAUUUUGGCAGGGAAAUGUCACUCACCGAGGCACCGCUGACAAGCCUGGCCGUGUUGCAACCCUGAUCGAAGACAAAGAGGGAAUAGCUUGGGGACGUGCCUUCGAGCUGCGUGGUAACGCAGCCCUGCCUUAUUUGGAGAAACGAGAGUGUACCUUGGGUGGUUAUCUGACGAAACUAACAACAUUUUACACGAGAGAUGGAAACCAGAGUUUUCCAGCUUUGGUGUACAUCGCGACUAGCGGAAAUCAACACUGGUUAGGGGAUGCUCCUGUCAGCACGAUAGCGAAUCAAAUCACCGAAUGCUCAGGUCCCAGUGGCCAUAACGUCGAAUACCUUCUAAGACUAGCAGACUUUAUGCAUCAGUAUCUGCCCGACGCUCAAGACGAGCAUUUGUUCACCCUGGAGAUGCUUGUGAGGGCGAGAAUUAAGGAGGAGAAACUGUGCCUGAAAACGCUGAUGGGCAACAGGGAAUUCGACAUAAAUUUGAACGAGGUCGACGAACCGGAAGGUGUGCUCGACGACAGACUGGAGGAUGAUAACGUUGCGCAUCCUCUAAGACAAGAAUCCUUCCAGUUCACGUCGAGAGUACCUUCAAAGACUCUGCGUUGCCUAAAUAUUUAAAGUGCGCUGCGCGUCACUGCACGAAACCGGAAACGACACCCGGGCGUGACCGGUGUAACAAAAGAUUUUUAAGAAAUUCGUGUUACUUUUGGGGCGCGACGACUGUUCCCGGGAUUACAAGUAUUCUCUUGUGCCGAUGUAACAUGACUUAUAUAAAAACUUAUAUUUUAUAGGAAUAAGAUUUUUGCCUUCCAUUUGACAGGGCAUGCGGUCCUACACAAUUCUUUCGUCCUAGCUUGAUAGCAAUCAACUAAUAAUAAAAUGCAGUAUCGAAUAAGUAGUGGCAUUUGAUUAGCAGGGUAUUUUGUUUAUUUUCUUUUCUUUGAUAACAGUCGCCGGCUCUCUAUAAGCUUUAAGAUGCUUGGAAAAUAAUUCCAUUAAGGGAUUUUGGAAGAAUUUUACACAGGUUUGUAGGCAAAAUUGCCAUUUUAAAUAUACCGUGUGUAUGGAUGAUUGUAAAAUUUCACUCUAUGUGAUUUGAAUUUUCGAAGAGUAGUACUCUGCAGAACUAGAGAGGAUCUCUUUUUGUUUCAACAAAUAGGAUUAAUGUACAAUACUAUAACUACGAACAUAUAUAUCAGUUACGUUGAACAUUUUUCAUGGACUGUUUGAAAGACAGAAGUUUCUCUCAUUCUAUAGUAAAAUUGCGUCAAUUCAUUGAUCCUUCCUUCUAUUAGAACAAGACAAAGAACAACAAACGAUUUCAGAAUCGACGUCAAAAUAAUUAUUCUACAGAAUUAUAACAUUUUAUAUGACAAUUAACCUUGCUGAUUGAUACACUGAUUUAAAAGGAAUAAAUUACUUGCUAGGUUCAUCUGUAUAUAAGGAAUAUAUAAUAUAAUAUCCGAAUGUUUUUCGUUUAAAAUGCAGCACGUAUUUAUUUAAUAGGAUGAAUUAAGUGGCAUGUGAGAUACCAAUGUUCAGAAACGGGGUGUGAAAAUCGCAUUAAAAUACACGAGUGAAGAUUUUUCGUGACACAGGCUAUGCCCAUGAAGUAUAACUAUCUUAUAAUAAGACUUAAUAUGUACAUACUUAUGAUAGACUGAGACGCAACUUUCGAUCACGGGACCAAAAUAAUUUGUCACAGUAAUCGUCUGUUGGUAAUUAUGAUAUGAAUUGAAGGUAUUGAUCUGUCCUAAACUAAAUAUUAAUUAUGGACAGAUAUGUGUGUAAUUUUACUUGGCCAACUGUGAGUACUAAUUUUUGUCGUUACACUACGUGUGUAAUAACUCAGGGCUUUUGUGAACGGCUAUUGUAUCCAUAUAUGCUACGCGAUGAUUGGUAAGAAAUGUCUGUAUUUUUUCACUCAUUUUGAACUUUAUCUUUCUCGUAAGAUGACAUUAGUGACCAGCAUCUACUAUCAUAAUCAAUUCCUAACGACAGCUGAAUGUACAAUAAUAGCAAAUCGUAGUAAAAAUUUAUAACACGUAUUAUACAUAUUUAUUCACAAAUUGCACACAUAUGAGUCUAUGCAUUCGGUACAAGUUCUGGCAUUAGCGUGAUUAGUCCUUCCUCGAUGUGCGCAUUACCACGUAAUAACUAUUGCGGUGAAUGAUUCGUUAUUGAUUCACUCCAGAAGGCGGUGAUAUUGAGAGAAUCUCUUCCACCCAUAGAAUUUCUUUUCAUGUUCUUUAACUUUCAAAUAUAUUUCCUGACUCACCUUGUGAGGACCUGCAGUAUACACGAAUACCUGUCCGUUUAUUAAUUGCAUCGUGUAUUCUAGCUGCAUAAUUGAUUCCGUCACGUAAGGUGAAGCAAGGGUUUUCUGCCUUCUGGUAAGAAUUAUAACCGUACCUAUAUAUUAUACCUUACAUACUGUAACUAGCCAAUGGAGGCUGCGGCUGAUACAUUUAAACAAGUAUGUUUUAAUUUAUUUUUAUAUUUUAGUGAUUACUAAUGUGAUUGUAAGCCUAACUUUUGUGAAACGAAGGAAGUAUUUGUUUAUAAAUUGAGCAUUUCGUAAAUUUUAA